ACUGUAUCUUGGGUUCCAUUCCAUCAAUCGAAAUCACUCUACUAGGAUUUAAAAAUGGCCACACACAACACAUCAAGACAAGUGAAAGAAUAAACUGAUGGACCAGCAACUCAAAAUCUUUAAAGCCGACAUACUAGAGCAUGAUUUAUCUAUUCGCGAGGCAUCUAGUGGAUCAAAUUUUAGUAGUAAGUCAUCAUGUAACGAUCAAAAGAUUAAGAAGAGGGACAAUUCUCGUGAAGUGGAGUUGAAGAUUCGUGGAGAACUUGAAAAUGAAAUAGAGAGAAAUCUGGAGGAGGAAAUAAAGGAUGGAAUAUACAAUCUAGCUCUGAGAUUACAUCGCCUUUAUGUUCAUAAGAAAGAAAGGGAUGCGAGAGAAGCAUAUGGGUUAUAUGGUGAUAAAAAGAGGAAGAACAAAGUACUUUCGGAAGUAAACAUAAGCAUAAGAAUGGAGGGAGGGACCAAAAUAGAAAUAAAAGAGUGGAGGAAAGAAGAAGAUACUGAUAAGGGUGGUCGGCCAUGGACCCCUUCAACGUCAGAAAAUAUGCAAGCAAUGAUGCUUCAAAAAGUUUCUAAGCACAAGAAGUAUGAUUGGGCAAAUAGUUUGCGAUCAGGUACAGACCCUGGAGCUAUUAACAAGAAAAAUAAUAGAUUGCUUAAGACUGAAUUGGGAUGGAAAUGUUAAUACAUUUGAUUGACUUGGAUUUUUAACCUAGCUUUAUUUUUAUGAAUUUUAUAAUAAUAUAUAUAAAUUAAGAAUGAUAGGUAACAAAGUGUGAUUACUACAACCCAUUUAAAAGCUUAUAAAAGUUUGAUCAAUAAUGUGGGUUUUUGGGAUAUUGUAAAGUAAUUGAUAUUAAGAAGACAUGUCUUGAUUGUUUG